GCUAGCACAGUAGCAGUACGUACUAGUACAGUAGAUCUACUAAACGGGAGUAGUGUGGCUGAUUUUGAUUUUACUUUGGCGCUCUCCGCAGUGGACGAGUCACUUGUGUUUGUGGUGUUCACCUGUAUGUUUGUUGUUCGCCAGCUCCGUUUGUCGACGAUAUUCUAGCUAGACUAGUGCAACGACGUUACGUUGUCCCUGCCCGUCUUCAUUCGGAACGUUGAGCCGCUCAGCUCACCAUUCACUGUUUAGCACUGUAGCGCAGAUAUCAGCAACCAUGUGCAAGUGUAUCGAGGGUAUAAUCAGGGUGCUCCUGUUCCUCUUCAACAUCUUCUUGCUGGCAUGUGGUAUUGCCCUGAUAGUAGUGGGCGGUAUUGUUGCAGCAGAGUAUGGCAAGUUUGCCAGGGAAGACUUCUUUGAGCAGCGCUUCCUCUGGGGAUUCGUUGGACUGGCACUGUUUGUCGGUUGUCUCCUGGUCCUGGUCGGUAUCUUCGGUGUAGGUGGCUUGUGCUGCAAGAACGGAUGCAUGCUCAAGGCGUUCGUCUUCUUCAUCAUCAUCGUCAUCAUUCUGGAGAUAACCAUCUGUGUUCUGGUCUUCGUCUACCGUGAUGAGGGUGAGGAGAGUGCCAAGGAGAGCAUCUCCAACCUGCUGCAGACUGCCUACAGCGGAGAAUCGACUAGAACCACGGAACUGCUGGAUGAGCUGCAGAGUGAGUUCAAUUGCUGCGGUGGCUUCAACAUCAGUGACUACGCCAACGCGACUGUUGGAAGUGGAAUGCCUCGAAUCCCGGAUUCCUGCUGUCGUAUCAUGAACGGCAACUGUACUCUAGCUAACGGAGGACGAGCGGCCGUGACCACCGAGAACUACUACUUCGUCGGAUGCGGUGAGAAGCUGUUUGACGAGAUCGGUGAUCUUGGUGUUGGCAUGUUCGUCAUUGCCAUUGUGGUAGCUCUUCUUCAGUUCUUGGGUAUUAUCCUGGCAUGCAAGUACAUCCGAGAUGACAGUGACAGCAAGCACGUCUAAGAAUGUGCUGGUCUCGCUCGUUUGGCUGCAUGACUAUGAGAUCGCCGUCGCUAUAGCUGCAGCCUGGACCCGGGUCGACCAACGUGGGCAAGGUCAUCAGCCAACCAACAGCCUGCGGUAAGUAUGCGUGUGUAGAUCUCGUUCAGCGCCUUGCCUCAACUCGCUUCUUUAGACCUUUUUUCAUUCUUUCCUGCUGCUGCUGCUGACGCUGGCUGGGCGAACUGCACGGCAAGCAGCAUUUCCCGCACUCCUUUCCUCGGCACUGUCUAUACACAUUGCCAUACAUAUUGCCCAGUGUCGCGCCUUCCCAACGGAUUUUUCUUUCACCUGAAGCAUCACUAGCUAAUAGCUAUAGCCGGACAUCCACUGGUCAUAACCUUAUAAUCUAAUCUGCAUCUCAUAAGGUAUGUGUGUAUUUCAAUGUCUCGCUUUAUUAUAGGAUAUGUGUGUGUGUGCGUGUGUGUGUGUGUGUAUUUCAGUCGUGACCAAGGUUAUGCUGUCAUGCGAGUAAAAUCAUUCUGUCAACCAGCUUUGCUUUGAUCUUGCGAGUGGUGGCGUUGGUGUUGUAUAAGACCUGUUUGUCUUCUGAUAUCAUCAAUUGAAGGUUUCCUUUAUGUCUUGCUUUAGAUUUAUUUCCCCCUUGCUGCUGUGUGCCGCUGCUGCGUGCAUCCUUUCCGUUGCUACAAGAGUUCUUUGAAUUGCAGUGAGAUAGAGUCACACCUGAAGAGAUAUAACACCUACUACAGGUGCUAGUUCA